AACGUCAAUUUAAGAUCAGCUACAGAUCAUUGACACACACAACUCUCUCUCCCUCUCUCUAUCUCUCCCUAAUCUUCUUAUCCUUCUUCUUUUCUCAAAAUCAAAAGGGUUUGGUAAUUUCCACGAACCAAACAACAAGAGCCAAAGAGCAAAGCGGAUAAUCCCAUCAAGAAUUAAUUCAUCUUUAUGAUGAUGGACAGCCAACAAAAUCAGAAGAAGAUGAGAGACAAAGCUGAAGGUGAAGAUGAUCAUCAUCAGAACAAGUUAAAGCAAUCGUCAUCAGAAGCCACAGGCGGCGGCCAGCUGCUUCAAUUACCACCGGCGGCGGCCUCUCCGCCGCCCUCCGCCUCCUCCUCGCCGGCCCACGAAUUCUCAUUCACCAUCUCCCUCCACCACCAGCACUACCAGUCCUCUUCCACCACCACCACCACUGCCACAAGUGCCGGAAAUUACAAAACCAAAGCCCCCCCUGCCCCGCCUUCCAUCGCCGUGGAUUUGUCUCCUGCUGACGAGAUAUUCUUCCACGGCCACCUCCUUCCGCUCCACCUCCUCUCCCAUUAUUCCCACCCCACCGACCUCUCUCCCCGCUUCUCCACCAACUCUGUCGACAGCUUCACCAACAUCGGAGACUUGCUCGAAGACCCAAACCCAAACCAAACCAAAACCAAAAGCUGCUCAAAUAUCAAAGCCCAAAACCACCCUGAAAAUAACAACAAGAGGCAAAGUCGACCCAAAUCCAAAUCCUUCUCCUUGUUUGGACUUUCCAGAUGGCGAAAAGGCGGGUUCGAAAUUGGGGAGAAAGAGAAGCAGCAGCAGCAGCAGCAGAAGUCGAAGAAGCUGAAAUUCGACGUGAGCCACGUAAUAAAGAGAUACAUUAGAAUGGUGAGGCCUUUACUGACGUCUUUCAGGUCCAGAAGAAGAACAAAUCUGCAGCUACGCAGACAACCCUAUUCAUUCUCCGGAAACUUAUUGAGCCCCAGAUCGGGGAAGAGAUCGGAGUUCAUGAUGAGAGGGCGGCCAGGGGAGUACUCGGCGCCGGCGUCGAUGAGGACGUCGCCGACCAACAGCGGCCUUCUGGUUGCAACUCCGGCGACGACCAAUUCCUCCUCAAGUGACAGCACCAUGGAAGAGUUGCAGGCUGCAAUUCAAGCUGCAAUUGCUCAUUGCAAGAACUCCAUUGCAAUGGAUCAUCAAGACAACCAACUAGUCAAAUGCGUCAAGGGUUAGCAAAUUAUUUCCUUUUAAUUUCUCCCAGCUACCUGGUAAUUCAUCAUGCAGUCGUCUUCCUUCAACAUAUAUAUGAAUUUUCAUGUCCACAGGGAAAAUAUAUAGGUUUUAUAAAGUGUAUAGUUGUAUGGACACGUACGUGUGUUUGAAGAUAUGUAUAUAUAUAUAUAUAUAUAAGAAGAUUCAUGGGCUGAGAA